GAGGAGAAGAACCGCUCACAUUCAAGCAAUCUCAGUUCCCACAGCCAUCGAUCGAUCGAGCGCGCUUGCUCACUGAUAAACUUCGAGUACUAUCAAAAUGGCCGGAAUUGUUGACAAGAUCCAGCACAUGCUGGGACACGAUGACAAGAAGGGAGAGCACAAAGAAGGAGAGCACAAGGGUGAGCACAAGGAAGGAGAGCACAAGAACCCUCUGAGCAGCUUGUUGCACGGAGGAGACAAGAAGGAGGGCGAGCACCACAAGGACGGUGAGAAGAAGAAGAAGGACAAGAAGGAAGGUCACAAGGACGGUGAGAAGAAGGACAAGAAGAAGAAAGAGAAGAAGCACGAUGACAGCGACAGCAGCAGCGGAAGCGACAGCGAUUAGACAGCGAAAUAGUAGUGGAGAGUAUUGAGUAUUCGCCACAUGGGAUAUCUUUCAUUUUACAUUGAAAUUCUGAUUGGGUUCCCAUUGCAUUCCGGAGCAAGUUUACCUCUUGGACGUGCGCGUGAGCGUUUGCGUCAGAGGGCUUGCAGCUUUGUGACGAGUUGCCAUAUGUAGCGAUUGGACAGAAAGUUCAACCGCGGCACAAUUAUUCUGGAACUUUGUACAUUUCUUUACUUAUUAACGAUUGCCUCAGUUCAAAACUACGAAUUUUCCUCG